CAUUAGAAGAAGAAUGUAACGUUGGAAAAAGCUACAGUACUAUCGCCGCGUCAGAUGAUUAGCUAAUAGUAAAAACACUGACAGUCCACCUCUCUUUUCUGCAUUACAAAACGUCGUAAGUCGUCCGUUAUGUAUAUUGGUCCGUUAUUUACAGUUUGAAGCCUCUCUCGCUGCGCUGAUAAUGCUGAAAAUGAAGCUACCGAUGAAAACGGGCGAGGAAGGAGGCGACGAAACUGCCGAGGACGAUUCAUUGGAUCUAUCGGAGCACCAACAUAUUCCCAGGGCGGUACCUCCUUCUUCGGUGUCCGGCCGUCUGGAGGAUUCGCCCAGACCUAGCGUGUAUCCAUUCCAGCUGGACAAGGAGACUGUUUUUGAGUGGUUUGGCCUACAUCUUAACCCUGCUAAGCGGAUCGAGUUCAUGUGCGGACUGCUACAUAUGUGCCAACCCCUGGAGCUCCGCUUUUUGGGAUCUUACUUAGAGGAUCUUGCAAAGAAAGACUAUCAUGUUUUAAGAGACUUUGAGUUUCGUGCUAAUAGUCCAAGCGAUUUAGGAGUUUUAACAGACGUUAUAGAUCCAGUCGUUAGGUCCAAACUCCUAGUCUGCCUUUCCCUCCUCGGGUCUGACAGCAGGGAAUGCGCUGGAAUACUCUUUCGGAUACUGAGCCAUGUAGAUCCGGCCCUGUUCUACAAAAAUUAUGACUACUCCCUCCCUUCAUUCUCCGACCCUAACCACCACUCGUUCCAUCCACCGUGUCAGGACGGGAAUGUGUACGGGCGGUCAGAAGAGACCUGCGGCUUCUCCACUAAUGAACCAGCGGCAGGACCUCUGGAGCAGUUGGCGCUGCUUUUUGCCAUGGCCUCUCUCCAUCCAGCGUUCCACUUCCACCAACGGGAGAUUGUCCGGGACCAGCUUGACAAAAUAGAGCUUGCCAUAGCGGAGGAGCAGAGACGUCAAAGUCAGCUAAGAAUAAACGCCCAGAUAACGGAGCUGACGAGUCAGAAGACGGAUUACCUGCCUUCCCCAGCGCUGGGUUUGGGGGAUUGUACUGCAGCCCAUCCUCCCUGCCAGAGCCGUCGCUCCAGCCGCUGGGCAACACAAAGAGAAGCAGUGCAUAUAGAGGGAAUUGUGCUCAGGGACAUCACUCACACCCGAAUAGACAAGGAAUACAACUUUGAGGUGAAGUGGUCAGACUCUUCUUCUAGUAGUGUGACCAAAACCCAUCUGGAACUGGAGAAUUUCCUUCUUAAGCAGCUCCCUAAGGAUCAGAGUACUGAGUCUUUUGAGAAAAGCAUCCUGAGACUUCUGAGCCAGGGGGAGCGGAACGAGAGCAUAGAGGUGGAGAACAACCUCAGGGAAAAGUUCCUGUCUGCGCCUCCAGUCUUCAGACAGACCAGGAAGGUGUGCAGCUUCUUCAACUGUGACUCCAGUUACUCUACAAAACCGACCUGCUGCAGAUGUAACUGCCAGUUGGGUAAGGCCUACCAGGGAGACUGUUCUGAUGCCUCCAGUCAGGAGGAAGAUCUAGAACUGUAUGCUCAGGGACACAAGAAAAAGCACGGGGCCAAAAGUCCAUGUCCAGGUGGCCGGGGCCCUCAAGGGGAUGUUUGGAGGGGGGGCCACGCUGCAGAGAUCAAUGGUCCAUCAGAGAGGAGGAAGAGCUGUACACUGAGGAGCAGCCAGGAGGCCGACCAGCACCAGGACAGUGAGAAUAGAAGCCACCCAGUGACGAAAGCAAAGACCAGAGGCCUGCCCGCUGACAGGGAUAAGCUGAAGGGAAAGGGUGCUACCUUUGUAGCCAACGGUAGAUUGGUACCAGCUCAGAGGAAAGAUGGAGGUUCUGGUCCAGAUACAUCAUCAGAAAGCUACAGCUCUCCAUCCAGCCCUCAACGCCGAGGACCAGAGAGCCUGGAUAGUGAGGAUGACAACAACAAAGAUACAGACAGCCACUCUGAUGACUCUAGCAAAGGGCCGGGCCCUGACAUGUUCUUCGCCCUCCAGACUGAUCCCUCUGUGGUUGGGGAUCUCUCCUCUGUCCAGCCUCUGUCUUCCAAUAACCACCAGGCCCAGAUAGGGCCCCUCUGCCCAGAGACCAGUACAGAGAUCCGCCCUUUCUCCUUCAUGCGUUCUCUGCCCUUUGUGAUCACUAAUGGAGCUGCUGACUCAGCACUUCCACUGGCCCCUCCUCCUCCCAGCCAAAGCAUAGUCCCAGAUGUGAUGCCCUCGUCUGGGACCGUGAUGAUGCCCCUAGUGCCUCCAGCUCUUCUAGGCCCUGGGAUUGUAGGAGACCCAGAGAAAAGGGACGUGCUCCCAACCUUUGGGAUAUCCCCGAUUGGCCUCCACGCUCCUUCAGCAGGUCCUGCUGUGCAACCUCUGGUCCAGAGGUUCAAAACAGCUAUGUCUCAGAGCCACGGUGCCACGGAUAGAGCUACAGGGAGUGGUUCUAGUGCCCCACCUGCUUCACACCAGGCUCCUAUAAGAGCCAUCAGAGUCAUGUCUCCUGGCCCGACAUCCUUUGCCUCGCCUCUGCAGCAGCCUCUGCCCUGCCAAGACCCGGCCGGUGUCAGCCCGGGCCUGGCCUCCACCCUGACACACGUGGAGACUUCACAUGCCAAGCUCCCCGGCUUAACCUUACCAUCUGGCCUGCCUUCUCCCUAUACCCUGCCCCCUGUCCCCACCUCUGCCAUGCCUACUGCAGCCCCUGGAAUAGCUCCAUCCUCUGGACAGGCACAAGCAGCUGUCCCUUCAGCUGUGCCCACCCACACCCCUGGGCCCGCUCUGAGCCCCAGCCCAGCGCUGACUCACAGCACAGCACACAGCGACUGUACAUCCUACAGCAACAACAGUGCUUCCUGUGGGAGUGCCUCUGUUACCCCUGGAAACCCCAUUACUCUUCAGCAAACCCAGCAGCUACACUUGCCCCCGCAGCAACUAACCCCACCUCAACAACAGCACCAGCAGCAGCAGCAGCACCACCAACAGCAACAGCACCACCAACAACAACAACAGCAGCACCAACAGCACCAACAGCAGCAGCACCAACACCAACAGCAGCAGCAACAACAGCAUGCAAUAGGCUGUGGGACCUGUGGUUGUCACAAUAACUGCGGUAGCAGAGGCAGCCUCAGUAACAACAACAGUGUCACUAUGCCCCCUGGUUGCCAAGCACCCUUAUUCUUCCCCCACCAGAUGGCGGCAGCACGACAGGUGUUCAGCGUCCCAUCACCUGUCUUUCAGCUCACAAGCCUGUGCAGCAACAGUUACCUCACCCAGGCCCAGUCCCCCCACCAAGCCAAUGGUGCCACCCCCCUGCCCCCCUUCUUCCCCACCGCCCCACCACCCGCACACCCGUCCCCAUAUGGUCCCAUGCACACUCACACCCACAGCCAUGCAGACGUGCCAUCACACAUGCUGGGCACCGCCGCAGCUGCAAACUACAACCUCCAACAGCAGAUGGCGCCAGCGGCAUCUUUCUUCCAGCGCUUAUACCAGCACGUGUACCCAAAUCCCCUGGGGAUGCUGCCUGCUGCAGCACUGGGCGGAGGUGGAGUCAAUAAGAAAAGCGGCAGUGUGUCCUGCUAUAACUGUGGUGUGAGUGGCCACUAUGCUCAGGACUGCAACCAGCCCUCCAUAGACUCCACACAGCAAGGUGGCUUCCGGUUAAAGUAUGCGGCCUCCCACAUUUCAGAAGCAGUUGACAAUGCCGACUGAAGGGAAAGGAUAAUGAAGAGUUCCUCUGGUCUCGUGUCCACAGUGACGGCUGCUGUUCUUCCCAAAGCACUGUGUGAGCAGCACUGAAGCCUCUCGAACGUUAGGGGAAAAAACACCAUUUAGAACAGAAGGUGACCUGCCAAGGGCUCAGCGGACAAAGCCUAAGUACUUGUGCCUGGGAAAAUCUUGUUCCCAUAGAGAUGAUCACUGUCUCGUGCACAGUAACGGUCCCUUCCCUUUUACGUUUUUUAAUCUUUUUUGCACUGAUGGUUGGAAACAAUUAACUUAUUGCUUAAUUUCUAGGAAGAUAUCUUUGUUUGUUUUUACAUUCAAGUGGAGACUAGUCUCAACUGAAAAAAAGUUAUUAUACACUUAUUUCUAAAAAGCCACGUUUUUCCUCAUUAUUACUGUUAAUCUAGGAUUUUAUUGUUCGGACAGAAUUGUACAGCAUUGUAAAAAAAAAAUUAAAUCAAAAAAGAAUUUUAGCAACAAUAAUUGUAUGUUUCUGAAUGUACACCUUUUUUAAGGACUGACUGUCAGUGUAUGAAUCUCAUGCAUUUGUUGCCACUUGAUCUGUUGUGGUUAGAAGGUAACAGCUGCUUUGUAAUGUUGUCUUAUUCGUUAAACUUGUUUUACUUGGUGAAAUGCACUAAUGCAACACAAGUGCACUAAAAAAGUCGGCACCACAACCAAGCAGAUUUUCGAAUGUAUACAUUUUCACAAUCUGAAUUUAAAGGAAAUGACAGUCUGCGUUAUUUUAGUGGAAUUUUGUAUUUAAGGUGUGAAGCAUUUAUUUAUGGAUAAUAUUUUAAAGAGAGGGCAAUCUUUCUCAGUUUCCUUAAUAUUAAAUACAACAGAGAAGAGGAUCAUUCUUCUGAUCCAGUUGAGUAAAGACGUCUUUGCAAGCAGUUAGCAUAUACCUGUACUUUUUAUAGUGUCGGGUCUCUAGUGUUCUCUAGAGGAUUUAGACUGAUUACAUUGUUUAAAUGUAGGACAAAUAAGAACAUAAACGUCUUCAGAAUGCAAUUCUGCAGACGGUGAAACCAUUGUCAAACUAUUCAUUAUAAUUGGUAGACAGACACAAAUUAAAACUCUAAUUAUAGACUAAGAAAUGUAUGCUUUUCUAGAGAGAAUUAACAAGCACUACUUUCCUGCCCUGUUGGUAACUUAUUACAAUUGUGUAUUUGUAUGACAGAUUGCAUCCUUAAGAGAUAAUGGUACACAGCUAGUUCCAUUCUAAGCCUACUAAGAGCGGAAUGUAAUAGUUUAUUGUAGCUAAAACUGAGAAUAAACCUGACGUUUUCUAAAUAUCUGUUAACUAAUCAAACUAUCUGUAUACCUUUUUUACACAAAACUGUUGUCAACUAACUUACAACAUCAGACAAACCUGAUGGCAUUUGACAACUAAAAACGGAAGUCACCAAAACCACCUUUACUGUAAUGCCUAAUUUGGUUUGAAGCUCUUUAAGUUCUUUGAAAAGUGUUUGGGAAACAUUUGAAUAAUAAAUAGAGGCAGGAUGUAAGAAUAUGGAGCUCCUAUGUGCACAGUAUUAAACAAUAAAUGAAACUUAGCUGUUGAAAUACUUUAAUACGUUUUUAUAGUUUUUUUUUACUUGAAUCUUUUGCUUUAAAAUGUCCUCUUUCAUAAAAGCCGACCUGUCCUGCCUUCCAACUUUUCAGCCAAUCACAUGCCUCCCUGCCUAUUAAGCUAGCAAGAUCAACAACUUCUGCCAUAUUUAGGUAGUUAGCACCUGUUAGCUAGGGCAAAGAAAAGUGACAUGAAAACAAUCUAAGUUUGAAAAUAAAAGGCCAUUAAUUUUAUAACUAGAUGGUUUAUAUAUUUUACAUGGUUAAUUCGUGUUAUUUUGGUCAUAAUGUAGUUUUUUUUUUGUAUUUAAUAUUGAACACUUCCAUAUGAGAACGUGUGCAAGAAGGUAACCGUUAACAAAAAUAACUUAAACCUGGACUGUUAAUGAUGUUUGUACAUUAUGAGCAUCUGUGUUUAUAGGCCUGUCUAAAGACAAUUGAAAUAUAUCUUACCGAAGGAUGCAAGUUCUCAGUUCCUCGAGAUUAAUGUGGCAUGUAAUGCUUCCCCCAUCAAUGUUGUUUCUGAGUGUGCAACUUUCUGCCCUUAUGGUGUUUUCAGGGCUUGCUUUUGUCUCCCAUCCUACUGUCAGUGCAUUAGUUACAUUUAAGUCUAUGCAUAUUGUUUUCAUGAAUACUAAAAAAGUGACUUUUAGGAAAAACCAGAGGUGGAUUCAGAGAUAUUUUCCUUCCAUGUUUAAAGGAUGCACACCCUCAAACUGACUGCUGUGAGAUCCGAUUGUCUUCAGUUCCACUUUGAACAUUACUUGUGUCCAAAACUGCUUCCCUGCUCUUCAGUGGAUGUUUUAAGCGGAUCAGAUCCUGCUCAGUUCUGGAUCCAGUGAUCAGAAAUCAGUGUAAAUACUGAGGAGGCCCCUAACAACCUGAGUGUAGUUGUGUUGAUGGUUUGCAAAAUGCUGUACUGUAUUUGCAAGGAGUCCCUGUGCUGCCCACCUCAGUUGUAAUGUUUACUGUACUCUUUGAUAUCUAUGUACUUGAAAGGUCAAACAUAUUUCUAAAGUGGAAUUUGGAUUUUAUGCAAAUUGUUUUUCUGUAAUUAAAAGCAAUAAAUAUAAAAAAUGGAAAGUACAUUUU